AUGACAGUGAAUGAUCCUUCUAAUACCCUGGAAUCAGAUGAAUUCGACAAAGAAAAUCUUCCGCCUCCCUUCGCCACUCCGAUCGGCAAGCCAGUUCCUGCAUCUGCAACCCCUGUGCAUCCUGGAAGCCAUGCUUGCUCAGGCACUCGCACCUUGCUGUUUGAUUGCUAUUUCAGUGUUGUGAACCAAGAUACAGAAACUCCAUCUAACAAACCCACAUUCACCCCGAGCUCCAAGACAGGAGAGGCCCCCAAGACCUUAGACCAGUGGGACAAGAUACUUCGGAGUUUGCCCAUGUCGACAGCAGCUGACAGGGUGAAGUUGUCUUGUCAGGCGAGACUCGAGCGUCUCUUCGAACGAGUUCUGGGGUCCGGCAGCGGCACGGAGGAGCUUGAGAUUUCUUCUCAUAAAGACAACGAGGGACUUCUUUCAGGAGACAAAGCAUACAAGCCUAUUCAGGAGGGGAAAGAGAAUGGUGCCCAACCUGUGUCUGUCCUCGAUGACCUGCUCAAAUCUGGAGGCGAUGGGAAGCCCUUUCAAGAUGUUUGUCAUGAAGUUUUGAAAUCUUAUCCCGAGGUCCGGUCGAUGCUCUCGUUGGACAAAAAAGCAUCGGGGUCGACUCAGACUGCUCCGCCUGUGCAAGAGCCAAAGGAGGAUACCGUUGUGUUCCAGACCAAGGUCACCAUACAGACUCCUGGUGUCAAUGCGGACAAGACUCCAAAGGUCGCAAAGAAGGCUGCAAUUGAGGAGAAAGAGGAGACUGUGGUCUUCAGCAAGGACAUGCAUGGAAGUGCCUCGAAGGGAACCUCACUUCGAAGUCGGACGGAAACGGAAUCCGCGAAGUCGGACGGAAAACCAGAGGAGAAGAAGAGUUCUUCCAUCAGACGCGGAGCCUUGCGUUCCGUGAAGAGAACGGGAUUGGGAGCUGGUCCAGCAAGGCGAGUUUGCCCCAACGAGGCUGUCGCUGAGGAUGAAGAGGCCACCAAGACAGUCGAUCCCGUCGAAGUCUCCGAGCGAACAAGUGAGAAAACUUUGGAGCAUUCUGCUGAAUCAGCAGAGAUCCCCCCCUCCUCCAAGGGCAUCCAACACCUUCCUCCCAUCACAGAGCAGGAAGGAAGAAGUUCCAGUGAAGGGAACAACAGCAUCUCUUCGGGCACGUCCAACGAUUCUGUGAACCGAACUCUGACGCAGGAACAAAAUCAUCUGUCGGACAUGCCAACUCAACCGAUCGACAAUGGCAAAUGCGGCGGCUCUCCCUCCUUCUCCGAUCUCCCGACCCAGCCUCAGCCCAGCAUGUUGGGUUCCAGACCGUCGGGUAGGAUUGAGAGGGAGGUCGAGGAGGUGAUUUUCCGGCCGCUGGCAAGUAGCAUGGAGGCCGAGCAGGCAAGAGUGCAAGAGGUGCCCAAGGGAUACAUCUCCGUCAACUCGAAGUUGUACAAGAAGAUUGAAGUGAAGGGGAAGGGAGGAGGAGGGAAAGUGUACAAAGUUCACCUCAAGGACGACCCGAACAGCAUCUGGGCCAUUAAGAAGAUCAAGCUGGAAGGCGACGAAGAGCUCAGAGUGAGCGUGCAAAACGAGAUCGACCUGCUGAUCGCCUUGAGGGGGCAGCCUUCCAUCAUUCACAUGGAAGAUUAUGAGAUCGGAGAUGACUUGGUUUACAUGGUGAUGGAAUGUGGAGAGCAGGAUCUUGCCCAAGCUCUGCACAAGAGACAAGUCCGCUCGCUCCGAGGGGUUUGGAAGGCGAUGCUCGAGGCCGUGCAGGUCGUUCACGAGCAGCGAGUGGUGCACGGAGACCUGAAGCCAGCCAACUUCCUCAUGGUGAACAAGGAGCUCAAGGCUAUCACGGACAAGAAUCACAACAUCGACUUCCCAGCCAUGGGCCCAAGUGCGCCGGUGGAGAAAGAGCUCAAGCAGCAUCCCUGGCUUGUCCCUCCCAAGUUCGCCCUCGACUCCUACAACAUCCUUGUCAUGGUUUCUAAGGUUCGAGCGCUCCAUCGUGAGAACCCCGAGAGGACGGACGAAGACAUCAAAGAGCUUCUCAUCCCUCUCAUGGAAGCUGCUGGCUUGGCCAUCAAGGAGCCUCCUGCUCCUCCUGCGUCGAAAUCCGUUCCUUCCGCUUCUGCCGCUCCUCCUCCUCCUCCUCCUCCUCCUGCCGCUGCUCCACCUGCCCCUCCUCCGCCUGCUGCCCUUCCAUCCAAACCUUGCGGUCAACAAGCUCUAGCCCCGAACUCAAGUGCGGGGAUCAGAAGCACCGCUCCUCCUCCUCCUCCUCCUCAGUCUCACUCGUCGAGCUGUGGGCUCGGAGUGUCCGCAGCUGAAGUUCUUGCGCAAAGACACAAGCUCAAGAAAGUUGAGCCUGCCCCAAGGCGCCAGCGAGCAGCGGAAGCAUGGCAGGGGAGCUCGGGGAUCUGA